UGACGCCGGUGGGGCCGCGCGGGUCACGAGGGCCUUCGAGGCCGGCUCGGCGGCUGCGGCAGCGACAUGGCCUCGGAGGCGGCGGUGCGCGCCCGGCUGCGGCGCGCGGGCCAGGAGCACCUCCUGCGGUUCUGCGCGGAGCUGGAGCCCGGGCCGCGCGCCGCGCUGCUGGCCGAGCUGGCGCCGCUGGAGCCCGAGGCGCUGCGGGAGCACUGCCUGCGCGCGGCCGCCGCCUGUGCGCGCCCCCCGGGGCCCCCGCCCGACCUGGCCGCGCGUCUGCGGCCCCUGCCCCCCGAGCGCGUGGGCAGCGCCGUCCGGAGCGACCCCGAGACGCGGCGGCUCUGGGAGGAGGAAGGUUUGCGCCAGAUCGCCCUGAACAAGGUGGCGGUGCUGCUGCUGGCGGGUGGGCAGGGCACCCGCCUGGGCGUGACCUACCCCAAGGGCAUGUACCAGGUGGGGCUGCCCAGCCAGAAGACCCUGUACCAGCUGCAGGCGGAGCGGAUCCGGCGGGUGGAGCAGCUGGCUGGCGAGCGCCAUGGGACCCGCUGCACUGUGCCCUGGUACAUCAUGACGAGUGAGUUCACGCUGGGGCCCACGGCCGAGUUCUUCAAGGAGCAUGGCUUCUUCCACCUGGACCCCGGCAACGUGGUCAUGUUUGAGCAGCGCAUGCUGCCCGCCGUGACCUUCGACGGCAGGGCCAUCCUGGAGCGGAAAGACAAGGUGGCCAUGGCCCCAGACGGCAACGGAGGCCUGUACUGUGCGCUGGCCGACCACCAGAUCUUGGAGGACAUGGCGCGCCGGGGCGUGGAGUUCGUGCACGUGUACUGCGUGGACAACAUCCUGGUGCGGCUGGCAGACCCCGUCUUCGUCGGCUUCUGCGUGCUGCAGGGCGCGGACUGUGGCGCCAAGGUGGUGGAGAAGGCGUACCCCGAGGAGCCGGUGGGCGUGGUGUGCCUGGUGGACGGCGCCCCCCAGGUGGUGGAGUACAGCGAGAUCAGCCCCGAGACCGCCCGGCUCCGUGCGCCCGGCGGGGGCCUGCUCUACAGCGCAGGCAACAUCUGCAACCACUUCUUCACGCGCAGCUUCCUCCAGGCGGCCACCAGGGAGUUCGAGCCCUUGCUGCAGCCGCACGUGGCUGUGAAGACGGUCCCAUACGUGGACGAGGAGGGGAAUCUGGUGAAGCCGCUCAGACCCAACGGGAUAAAGAUGGAGAAGUUCGUGUUCGACGUGUUCCCGUUUGCUGAGAACUUCGUGGCCUUCGAGGUGCUGCGGGAGGAGGAGUUCUCCCCUCUGAAGAACGCUGACUCGGCCGACAGGGACAGCCCCACCACGGCCCGGCGGGCCCUGCUCGCCCAGCACCUCCGCUGGGCCCUGCAGGCGGGGGCCCAGUUCGUGGACGCACACGGGGCCCGGCUCCCGGAGCUGGCCAGCCUGCCCAGUGGUGGCGAGCCCCCGGCCGUCUGUGAGAUCUCGCCGUUGGUGUCCUACUCUGGAGAGGGUCUGGAGGAGCACCUGCGAGGCCGCGAGUUCCAGUCCCCACUCCUCCUGGAUGAGACCCGCGUCAGGGCAUUGCAGCCGUGACGCUCAGCCCACCAGCCCCCAGGGUCCGCAGGCGGGUGGGUGCAGCCCUGGCCCGGGGCUCUGGCUCGGAGCUCAGGCGGCUGCGCCCUUCCCGACCAUGGGACACAGAAGGAAGAGCCUUGCCUUACUCCGCGAGGGUGGACCUGUCCCCUCACCGGCUGCCAUAGACACAAUGACCACAGGCCUUCUGUGGGCCCCAGUCCUGGGUGUGGGGUCCAGGCGGGAGGCAGAGGGACUCUGGACCUUGGAUUGUGGGGCUGAGGGAGGUGUGGCCUCAUUGAGUGACAGCAGCAGGCCCUGCCUGGGAGCGGAGACGGGGCAGUGGCCUCCCUGGGGAGCCCCAGCCACACCCGGCUUUUCUACAGAUGAACAGACCCAAGGAGAGGAGGGUCCCUGCCCCCCCAUGGGUGACUUCUUUAGGGGGGCUCCCCCCUUCCUGGCAGCUGAACCAGUAACGGUGCGGUUGGGGGCACACAGCCCGGCCUGCCAGCCGAAGGGCCUGACUCCUCACCGUGAAGGGCUGGCGGCACCGGGGACCGAACUCUCUCCGUUCCCUCUGAGGCCUCGGCCCUCUGGUUUGAGCUGCUGAGGGUUAGGUGCUGCCCCCUAGAACCUGUGGGACCAGCACCCCCUGCCUCCUUUGUGGUCAUGAAUCUGGAAUUGAACCAGAUGGGGGGCACCCUCCCUCACCCAGUCUGCCAGCGGCUUCUGAUCUUGGUGCUCACACACCCCUCCCCUGCUCUAUAGAGGGGCACAGGCGCAGCCUCCGUACUUGGGGCCACAGCACCCUCCCCGCACCCCCACAGCCUGGCUGAGGCCGGGGGAAGCCAGCUGGUCCUGGCUUUACUGCUCCGGGCCCCAGCGCCUCCUUCCCCUCUGGACACAGCACAGGGGCAUCUACCUCCCCACUGACGUGAAGAGCAGCUCGCAGUGCAGCCGCAGCUAAGCCGGGUCCCCUGCCCUCCCUCCACAGCCCCUACAGGCCCGCAGGGAACCCCGGGCCCCCAGGGUGAGGGUGCUGUAGGGCAGGGUCGGGGGCGCUGACUUCUCAGGGGCUUGGCGUGGGCUGUGGCUUCCUGUGCGUCUGCACCUGGGCACCAUGGCGGCGUCAGGGCCGUGCCCAGGUCUCCCAGGCGCUUGCAAACCUCAAAACCAAACCAUGUGCCUUAGGACCCUCAUCUCAGCGGCUCCACAGGCAAGGGGGGGCCUAGGGCCCAGGGGCGGAGGCCCAGGUCCCGGAUCCUGCCCAGAGCUGCUCGCGACCGGAACUGGAACCCAGGACACGGCACAAUCUCUUUGAUGAGUCGUGUUUUCUGGGCAAACGAUGGAAACAGCUCCCUUAAAACACACACACAUUUUCAUAUGAAGUUUCGAAGAGCACAGAGGUCCCAGGUACCCCUCACGGAGUUUCCCGUGACACUGGUAGCCUCAGGGGUUCCAGGACGCCACCACCCCAGGACACGUGCACUUCCCACCCAUGUGCCUCCCUCUGUCCACUCUGUUCUGGGAGCUGGAUGGUCCCAUCACCACACAGAUCUUCGUGCCUUUAUCUCUCACCCCAGACAACAGCUAAUGAAACGACUGCGUUGGAAACAUG